AAGAAUCUUUGUUCAAUAAAGUGGCAAUUGUAAAAGAAUAAAUAAAGAAAGAAAGAAAGAAAGAAAGAACUAUUGGACUUACAGCACGUCGAAAAAGGAAAGCCAUGGUGAUUCGCGACUGGAAGACCUCGGGAGUUGCACCUUAAGAUCGCAGAAACGCGCAAGCGUGUACGUUUGCUGAGCAAUCGAGAGAGACAGAAAAGAGUAGAACUACGAUACAAAUGAGGAAGAGAGAGAUACCUGGAGAACCAGUGCAGCCUCGUAGUCUAUCUCUCUCUUUCUCGUUUUCUCUUUCUCUCUCUUCUCUUCUCUGUCUGGCUAUUCGUAACGAGAUAAGGACUCGAAGUGGACGCAUGGUUUGUUGGAAGAACGAAAACGAAUCCUCCAUUCGCGAGGAAUCGUUCGGCGAUUGCUUCGAAAGGAUAUUCGAUUCCCGGUACAAGAUAACUCGAAGCGGAAACCGAGAUAAAUCGAAAGACGUAGAAUGUAAACGGAGAAUGCUCGUUCUUGGUAAAUUUCCUUUCGGCCCGGUGUAAUUCAAGAAAGUAUAAAGUAACGUAAGUGUGUAAAAUAGAUAGGAGGAGAAAUUGCCAAUAUAUACACAUGAGAUCAAGGUAUUUGAAGAAAAAGUCACGAAGACGCGUCGAGGAUACGGCAAAGGGAUAAAAAGUGAACAAUGAACACGACGACGAUCGUUUGAGUGGAGAAGAAGGGCCGAACUCAUGAGACCACUGUCAUUUGAAAACUUGAGGAGGCUCGUCGGCCGCAAGAAGGACCGUAACGAGCCAUCCUUCAAGCGCAGCGAGUCCUUCAAAAGGAUAUCGAUAAGAAAAAGUUAUCUAGAUCGGGGCAAGCGACGUAACAAGCUUCAGAAGAGCUUGGAGCCGACUGUUGCGCCCUCUAUUGAUACAAAGUUAGACGAAAAAUCUAUCGAGAAGCAGACGAUAAUAAACGAACAGAAACCGAAGAAACUUCAGGACGAUACUUUAAGUCGCGAAUCGAUCAGUUACGACGAAUGGUUGCAAGGUGUCAGUUCGUCCUCGCGCGAGAAAUUGGACGAGGUGCAUCGAGAACAACAACAGAACAAACAAAAUAAACAACACAACAUUUUAGGAAAGAACAAUAUUCCGAAAUUUCAAAAACAGAUCGAGGCCGAUCACGUGGCUGAAGAUUUAAAAGUUCUCGAUUUAGAUGCAUCGCCGGUAUUAUCUUCGAAGCCUUUCAGAAUAUCGAACGAGACGAUUCAAGAAAAAAACAAUCAUCAAGAUAUCCUGCAGGUUCAGGAACCAUUUAUCGAAGGGCCUCCUAGCGUCAGUAUUAAUCUUGGUAGAAUAUGGAGAGAUGCGGUACCUAUGCCCUUCCCUUCAUCCUCGGGACCAUCUAUACACCACUCUUUGGAUAGUGCGCUCAAAGAGAGGAAACCUCAGCCUACUGUGGCGCGGACAGUUUCCGCUCCUGAGAAAAGUGUCACUGGAAAAGAUAUCACAUCUGCAUUCGGUUUUUCCUUGAGAAUCGCCAAGUUGGCUGAUUUUCGUGCAGGGGGUACGAGAAACGGUUUCUUCAACCGAAGAACGAAGAAACCAUCGCCCAGCGUAAGCGCGGAGGGUUACUUCAAGCGAACGAACGCCUCGAGGCGAUCCAGUUCCCGACGCCGUGGAAAGCGGACGUCUCAGAGGGUAAAGAAAUCUCAACCUCAACCUCAGCCCGUGGCGCGUUCGAACAGUCCGGUGUGGUUCGUUCCGCCGGAAAGGCGUAGAUCGAAACGUCAAAGGCGAGUCUGGCGAGAGAUAAGAUACUUUCCCGAGGCUGAAAUUCCUGUAAUCGAGAGAAUCGACGAUUAUUCGUCGAAUUUGUCGGACGAUCAAUUCGACGACCUGAAGUUGUUGCUUUCGGGGGAUUUUAACGACAGACGAGAAGGAGGUUUGAACUCGUUGGUCUCGUCCUCGUUAGGUUCCUUCUCCGCGACAUCCUCCUCGUCGUCGGCUUGUCGGGCACCAAAGAUUAGCGAUUUUAACGAAGACAAACUAUUCUCGGAGGAGCUACGAACUAGUGGGGUCCUCGCGCGAAGAACGAUAUGGCGACCCAUGACUUCGAAUUACUUUGCCAGCAACCAGUUUCUCAGCUUUCUAUCGAAGGGCUCGAGCAAUCUCAUUGGCAAAGAGAAGACGAGAAUAGAUUCAUCGUUGUACUACAGAUGUCUCUCGUCUACCGACAGCGAAACCGAGGACGAAACGACCAAUCAUCUCGAACGAAGGAAGAGCACUCACGCGAUGCAUAGGCAGCAACACUUAAAGAGGCAAAGGUCGGGGCUUAGGAGAAGACCUCUCAGGCGAAAAUCUCAACUUCGAAAGGCCUCCGGCCAGCCAGUCUUUCUCGUGCGAAAAUGUUCAUCCUUGAGGAAAAGACCCAGGGAUAUUACGCAAAAGGGCUAUGAGAAGAAACGGACACGUCUAUUACAACAGUAUGCCUCAAAGCAACUGGGGGCUGGAAAGGAUGGAGGAGGUGUCGGCGUCCUCGGUAUCGGAGGGGUCGAGAGAACAGGUUAUGGAAGCGGUGGUGGUGGUGUUGGUGGUGGGGGCGUCGGCGUCGGCGUUGGCGUCGGCGUCGGGGUCGGUAUCGGUGUCGGUGGCCGACCACAGCCACGUGCACGCCGCACGCAGCGCCGUGUCACUCACAACGAGAAGCGCUAUCAUUCAGGAGGCCGGCUAGUACCUGGAGGAAUCGCCAGUCCCCCGGGAUCUGGCGGCUCCACCGGAAACACCGGGAAUUCGAAUUCGGCGGCUGCGAGACGCGGCAAUCGCAGACUCACGCGCAAUGAGAGCCGCUAUCAUUCCGAGGUGCGCCAGGAGGCGGUGCAACAAGCUUUGGCAGCAAUGCAGGGUCGUCCGAAACCAUCUUUACCGAUGCCAUCAAAAAGAACCUCCGUGAUGGCCAGAAGUCCCGACAGAGAGCGCCGCGAUAGUGGAGAAUCGAGUAGCGAUGAAGACAGCGUUGUUACCGAAGAAAGUCCUGGUGCUGGUGGUCCAACGGGCACAGGACUGUCGGAUACCAGCAGCACCGGUUCGGCGCGAGACACGCCUCCGCCUCCGAGACCACCGGCUAGGAGACCUCCUGGUGCGGACAUUACCGACAUCGCGGAAUACACGCCCCAUGCGUACUGUAACAUCCAGCCCCCGGACGUGACACACACAAGCAACACACCGGCCGCACAACAGUCGGCCAGGCGACCGGGCGCCGACCGUGUCAAUCGUUACCAUGUCGUCGAGGAUCAGAACAACACCGGGACUACCGGGCGUUGGAAAGUAUCAGCGAAAAUUCAACAAUUGCUCAAUACAUUGAAACGACCGAAACGUCGUCCCUUGCCCGAAUUCUACGAGGACGAUGACAUCGAGCUCGAAAUCGCGGCCAAUCCCAAAGAUCCGAACGCCCCGAAACCCGAGGGCGGUUCUAUGACCUCCGCGGUCGGUGAACCAGUAUCGGUCGCUGCGGGCCUGCCGAGGUCACUCGAGGUCGCCAUACAGAGGUAUGGUUCGGCAUCAUACAAAGCACCAGUGGCGACCGUUCUUGAUCCAAAUGGCAAGCUUUGCGUAACAUUGACCUAUGGAAAACUUCUAAGUCGUUCUCACAAAAUAGCCUACACACUGUUAAACAAGGCUCUAAGUCGUGGCGGUGAUUGUUGUUUGAAACCUGGCGAUCGAAUUGCCUUGGUUUAUCCAAACAACGAUCCAAUAAGCUUCAUGUGCGCCUUCUAUGGUUGCCUUCAAGCUGGUAUUGUACCUGUGCCCAUCGAAGUGCCCCUAACUCGUCGAGACGCAGGUUCCCAGCAAAUCGGUUUCCUCUUGGGCAGCUGUGGAAUUCAGGUGGCAUUAACCAGCGAAGCUUGUCUGAAAGGUCUGCCAAAGACGGCUGCAGGCGAGGUAGUAGCAUUCAAAGGUUGGCCAAAGCUUCAUUGGUUUGUCACAGAGCAUUUGGGCAAAACGCCGAAGGAUUGGCUACCACCACCUCGGUUAACCGACGACACACCGGCGUAUAUAGAGUAUACCACGGACAAAGAUGGGUCGGUGAUGGGAGUGACAGUGACAAGAUCGGCGAUGCUGGCACAUUGUCGAGCUCUGACGCAAGCCUGUGGCUAUACGGAAGGGGAGAACGCCGUGUGCGUUUUGGACUUCAAACGAGAGGUUGGUCUGUGGCAUAGCACCCUCACCAGCGUUCUGAACGGGAUGCACGUGAUUUUUAUCCCAUAUGCUCUGAUGAAAGUAAAUCCUGCGAGUUGGAUGCAAAUGAUCACGAAGCAUCGUGCUAGCGUAGCUGUGGUCAAGUCUCGAGACCUUCACUGGGGUCUUUUAGCCACUAAAGAUCAUAAGGAUAUCUCGUUGUCAUCACUGAGGCUGUUGCUGGUUGCCGAUGGUGCUAAUCCCUGGUCUCUUUCCUCGUGUGACCAAUUUCUCUCAGUUUUCCAGUCUAAAGGCUUGCGACCAGAUGCUGUCUGCCCUUGUGCAUCUUCCAGCGAAGCUCUAACAGUAUCGGUCAGGAGACCAGGCCGAGCUGGAGUAAACGCUACUGGACGUGGUGUGCUCUCUAUGUCUGGAUUGAGUUACGGUGUUGUUAGAGUAGAUCAAGAGAAUUCUCUUACCUCUUUGACUCUUCAAGAUUGCGGCCAAGUCAUGCCCGGAAGUAUCGUAGUGGUAAUCAAAAUGGAAGGACAGCCAUUCAUCUGCAAAACGGACGAAGUAGGCGAGAUAUGCGUGCAUAGUUCAGCAACUGGAAACCAAUAUUGGGGAUUACAAGGAUUGACAAAUAACACGUUCAAAGUUUCCCCUCUUCAAGCCGAUGGAAGUCCGCUUGGCGAUGUGGAAUACACUCGUUCUGGUUUAUUGGGUUUCCUGGGUCCUGGUGGUCUUGUGUUCGUUUGCGGAUCGCGCGAUGGUCUUAUGACUGUCACCGGAAGGAAGCAUAACGCCGACGAUAUUAUCGCUACAGUGUUGGCCGUCGAACCCAUGAAAUUUAUUUAUCGCGGAAGAAUAGCCGUUUUCAGUGUACGUGUCCUGAGAGAUGAACGAAUAUGCGUCGUCGCGGAACAACGACCCGAUUGCAGCGAAGAGGAAAGUUUCCAAUGGAUGUCUCGUGUCCUUCAAGCGGUAGAUUCCAUUCACGCGGUUGGAAUAUAUUGUUUGGCAUUGGUCCCGCCAAAUUAUCUUCCGAAAACACCGCUAGGUGGCAUUCAUCUGUCGGAAACGAAACGACGUUUCUUAGAGGGUACUCUACAUCCGGCUAAUGUUCUUCUUUGUCCGCACACUUGCGUUACCAAUCUACCGAAACCACGCGAAGUCCAUUCAGCGGGGGAUUCUGUUGCAGACGUUGGUCCGGCCAGUGUCAUGGUGGGCAACAUUGUUCAGGGUAAUAGACUGGCAUCAGCUCAAGGACGAGAUAUGGGUGUUUUAGAUGAGGACAGUGAUAAUGCUAAAAAGUAUCAAUUCAUUUCGGAAAUACUGCGAUGGCGUGCUGUCAGUACUUCUGAUCAUGUAAUCUUCACGUCAUUAAAUGCAAAAGGAGCUGUAGCAACUUCUUUGUCAUGCUCGCAGUUGCACAAAAAAGCGGAACGAAUCGGAAAUCUGUUGUUAGAUCGUGGAAGAAUCAAUACCGGAGACCACGUAGCAUUAAUAUUUCCUCCUGGUACAGACUUGAUAUGCGCAUUUUAUGGUUGCCUUUAUGUUGGCGCCGUGCCAGUUACAAUUAGGCCACCUCAUCCACAAAACCUCCAAACUACUUUACCAACUGUUCGUAUGAUUGUGGACGUCAGUAAGUCUGUGCUCGUGCUCACGAAUCAAAAUAUCCUGAAACUAUUGAAAACAAAGGAAGCGAACAAUGUUGUUGACAUUAAGAGUUGGCCAACAAUCCUCGAUAUGGACGACAUGCCAAAGAAGAAGUUACCUGUUAUGUAUCGAGCACCCACGGCAGAGAUGCUGGCUUACUUAGAUUUCAGUGUCUCUACAACAGGAAUGCUUGCAGGAAUUAAAAUGUCUCAUGCAGCAGUGACGUCUCUUUGUCGUGCCAUGAAACUUGCCUGUGAAUUGUAUCCAUCCAGGCAUAUCGCUUUAUGUUUAGAUCCUUAUUCUGGAUUAGGAUUCGCCCUUUGGUGUUUGAGUAGUAUAUAUAGCGGUCAUCAUUCCAUACUUAUACCACCAUCAGAGGUUGAAGUUAAUCCAGCCUUGUGGUUAUCAGCAGUUAGUCAAUCCAGAGUAAGAGACACGUUUUGUUCUUAUGGUGUAAUGGAGUUAUGUACCAAGGGUCUCGGUUCUUCUGUUCAUGCUCUAAAAGCAAGAGGUGUUAGUUUGGCCUGCGUCAGAACGUGUGUUGUCGUAGCUGAAGAAAGACCGCGAAUCGCACUUACUACGAGCUUCAGUAAACUUUUCUCUGCUCUGGGUUUAAGUCCACGUGCUGUCUCUACCUCUUUUGGAUGUAGAGUAAACACAGCUAUUUGCUUACAGGGUGCAUCGAGUCCAGAACCUUCUACAGUAUAUGUUGAUCUCCGCGCAUUGCGCAAUGACAGAGUAUCUCUAGUUGAAAGGGGUAGUCCACAUUCUUUAUGCCUGAUGGAAUCAGGUAAAUUAUUACCAGGAGUGAAAGUGAUUAUUGCCAAUCCAGAAACGAAAGGACAAUGCGGAGAUUCUCAUUUAGGAGAAAUUUGGGUGCAAUCUGCUCAUAAUGCCAGUGGCUAUUUCACGAUAUAUGGUGACGAGAGCGAUUACGCUGAUCACUUUAAUGCCCGUCUCGUAACUGGGAAUACAAAUGAAGUUUAUGCCAGAACUGGUUAUCUUGGUUUCUUAAGACGUACUGAAAGCGUUCAGCAAUCGGUUAUCAGUGAUAUUCCCGGUGAUACUUCUGCCGAAGCGGAUCUUGUUCCUGGCGAUUCUGAAUUACAUGAUGCUGUGUUCGUAGUCGGUGCCCUCGAUGAGGCCAUUCUACUCAGAGGAAUGCGAUAUCAUCCGAUCGACAUUGAGAAUAGCGUGAUGAGAUGUCAUAAGAAAAUAGCAGAAUGUGCCGUAUUUACAUGGACCAACCUCCUAGUAGUAGUGGUGGAACUUGACGGAAGUGAAAGCGAAGCUUUAGAUCUCGUGGCAUUGGUUACCAGCGCUGUUCUAGAAGAACAUCAUCUGGUAGUCGGUGUAGUAGUCGUGGUGGAUCCUGGAGUAGUUCCAAUAAAUUCGCGUGGUGAGAAGCAACGAAUGCACUUGCGUGAUGGUUUUCUAGCGGACCAACUCGAUCCAAUUUACGUGGCAUAUAAUAUGUGAGCAGAAAACACAGAAAAUGCAUUAUCUACUGAACAAAAAAAGACUGGUAUCGUAGUUUCCAGUCAUGUUUUUAUUCCCAUGUCGACACGUAGAUACUCCCGAUUCGAAAUCAUAAGCUGCAUUUCAAAUUUUUAUUCUUUCUCAUGGAAGUCGACUUUCCUACGGAGAAACUGGAAUAUAUUACAAGGACUCAACGUAUUUUUAAAGCGAACGUCGUCCCUAAACAAUUUAUAUUCUUCUUUUGUAAGAAGAACGCGUAUAUUUAAAUUUUUUAUCUCGUUAAUAUGUUAAAGAAGAGUAAGAAAGUUUGUAAUACUUCGAAAUUUUCACUCGGUUAUCACCAGUCCUUAUCAUUAGUAACAGAAAGUAUUUCUUUCUGUGUUAGAAAUAAUCAUUAUAUGAACAACUAUUAGAUAUAUAAUUUUAUAUAUAAUUGAGAAACAGGGACGAUAUAAAAAAACCGCUUUAUAUAUUCUGACAAACAAUUUAUUCAUAAAAAAUUACCAAUGAAGAAUUCUGCUUCAAAUAAUGAUAAUCUUGAAACGACAUUCGAAGCAUUAUUAAAAGACUUAAAAAAGUAACGAGAUUUACAUAAUUGCACAUACAAUAUUAACGAUUCUAAAGUCACAAAAAAAAAAAAAGUAUAGUGAAUCAACAAAAUAUUUGCAUAUUUUUUUUUUUUUGAAAUAUCAUUACAAACGAAAGUAACAUAUUAAUAUAAUAUAUUUUUUAAUAUGUUUUAAUAUAUAAAAUUGAUAUGUACUUUCAAAACUUUCAAUUCUAAAAAUUUAUAAUUAUUUAAAUUAUUUUUUUAUAAAACAAAUAUAUAAAACAAAUAUUCAUUAUUUUGUGCGUAUGCUUUUGGUAUUAAUAGCGUAUAAUGACAUUUUUCCAAGAUAUAUAUGCAAAUAAUUAUGAAUAAUUACAAGUGUGCCAAUAUUUUUCUUAUUAUUAUCUUAUAAUUAUAAAAAAUUUGUUUUUUUUUUUUUAUUUUCUUUAACGUAAUUGAAAGAUUUGAAAGUAUGUGUUAGUUCCAUAUAUUGAGAAAUAUUAAAUAUACAUUUGUAUUAAUAUAUCAUUACAAUGUAUAAAAAUAUUUCAAAAAAAGAAUGUGUGCUAAUAUUAUUUUGAUUCACUAUAUAUGAAAUUAAUUUUCAGUAUCUUAAAACUUCAGACUGCCACGGACAAGUAUAUACAGCUCAGACAUGAUUCAGCUGUUUUCGCUAAAAUCGUGCUUUUAUACAUUGUAUUAUCUGAAUGUUAAAAUGACGAAUAUCAUUCAUUAUUUAUCAAUGACAUCAGAACGGUAGUGAGCUUUUUUACAAGAUGAAAAAUGAAAAAUAUUAUUUUAACAGAAGUGAAACUUUAACAAGUAUAUUUCAUUAAGAAAUUAUACUCUAUGAAAAUGUGAAUAAUUAUUCCACAAACUACGUACAGGUAUAUAUAACUAUGUCUAUUAGAAAAAGUAAAUGAAUUUGAUACACUUUAUCGUAGAGUCGUGUAGCUUAACAAUUUUUUACUACAUAAAGUAAUGGUUAGUUAACAUAAUCAUACAUAUUGUAACAUUUUAAAGUAAAAAAUUUUAACUAUUAACAUUUUUUCUAAUAUAUUGUUGCUGGAAAAGUAUAUGCAGUUCGCUAUCGCUCUGACUAACUAAUUUUAUUAUUAUACAUUUCGUUUAAACAAAUUUCUAUGUUGUUGAUAUCUUACAACGAUUUCAUAUGAAUCGAUUUGAAAAUAUGACCGAGUGAUUUCAAAUUAGCAAGAAAUUUAAUUAUAUUUAGCUGCGUUGCGCACAACAUCGCACUUUUAUACGUUUUAAAAUAUUUAUAUUAUAUUCUACAGCACGUAAUAAAUUUGAAAUACGGUAUGAUAUUUAUUCCAAUGUACUUCUUUUUUAUUAACGUCCAAAAAUAUUUUUCUUUUUUUUUUUCUAUAUUGAAAAAAAAAGUACAUAGAAUAAUAUAUUUUUAACUUUGUGAAAUUAGAAAAUGAUUUAUUACGUGCUGAGAGGGUACACUUUAAAAACUAUCUGAAAACCCGAUUACUUGGCCAAUUUUUCCAUAAAAAAAGAGACUAGGACAACAGUAAGGCGAAUUCGCAUCUCAGGGUUUUAGAUCGUUUAUACAAACGAUGAUAUAGAAAGUGAAACUAUUUAGAACAAAGUCUUUUGGAUAACGUUUAAAAUAAAAAACAAGGAAUACGAUAGCACAAAGCAUUCAAACAAAUAUACAAUCGAAGUAGAUAGUAUCGAUGCGUCUUACUCUGCAAUUUCAAACUUUAGUCUAUAUGGAAAAGUUACCCUCGAACUAUAAAUAUCGGUGAAUAUAUGCGCCAAAAAUUUACAUAUGCGCUAACUUUCUUUUUCUUCUUACCUUUUAUGCACAAAUGCAUUCUAUUCGUGAAACUGGUCUAUUUGACUAAAGCUCAAUCUAUAUAAAUCAACAAUACUACGAUAAUAAUCGACUUUUAGGUUAGAAUUAAUCGAAUCGAUGAUCAUAUUUUAUUUUUUAUGUUAUUAAUUAUACAGAAUAUUGGAAUACUUAUUUUAACUUCAAAAGUUUGAUCGAUGAAAAUUAUCU